AUGUCGGAUUCCGAUGGAGCAGCUGUCAGCAUCGCUGGCGUGGCUCUUGAGUGGGAAGCCGCCAGGGAAGUGCGAGAUAUGCUUCGCCAAAAUUCUUACAUCAUGCAGCCAGCGCCAGGGGAGUCCCAGCCAUCAGCAACAGUGGCUUGUGUGGGUGCCAACCGUGCUACAUUGGAACCCAUUGUGAAGCGCUUGUUUCUGCAGGAUGAACAUGGGUAUGGCCAUCUCAGUAUGGUGACCAUCCCUGACCUUCAUCGAGAGCUGAAAGACCUCCAUGAAAUUGUUGGCAUCUCUCUUGAUCAACGACGGAUGAAGAUCGAUGCGUGGGCCAUCAAAAAGUCCUGUGUGCUCAUCAAGAAGAAGAUCAACCGUCGUCAAUUCCCUCGCAAUGCCAACUUCAAUGCUCUCAUUGCAUCAGAGGAAGUUGAGGAUGCUCCUGCAGCAGCUGCUGCAGCGGGGGGCCUUCAUCCAGUGAUGGGUGAUAGGGAUGCUGCUGCAGCGGGGGGCCUUCAUCCAGUGAUGGGUGAUGGGGAUGCUGCUGCAGUGGUGGACCUUCAACCAGUGAUGGAUGAUGGCGAUGCUGAUGCAGCGGUGGGCCAUACUGAAGUGAAGGGCGAUGGCGAUGCUGAUGCGGCGGUGGCCCCUCAUCCAGUGAUGGGCGAUGGCGAUGCUCCUAUGUCUGGGGGUGAUCCUUCUGCAUCAGUGGACAGAAAUGAUGCUGAUGUCACUGUGGCACAGGUGGCAGGAGGUGAGAUUGUGCUGAGUGAUGAAGAGAUGCCAUGCGUUGAAGAUGGUUACAAGCCAGAGCAAACACCUCAAACUGCUCCUGCUUUGGCUCCUGCCAACCCAGCUGCUGUCCGGAGUGCACCUAUGUUGAAUCGGGCCAAGUCGAAGUUUGACAUCUUCGAAGACUCUCAAGUUGUUGGGUUUGAAGAGGAUAGUCCAGCAGAUGCGGACAAAUUCAGCGUAGAGGACAAGAAGGAAGACCUUCACUCUACGAAGAAGAAGUUGUUUGAAGAGGUUUUGCCCGAUGAUGAGUGCGCCAUCCAAGACAAAGUGGAGGCGCCCUUGAUCAAAUAUGUCAGGAAAUCUGCGCGCUUGGCAAAGCUUCCGCCUCCUGGUGAGGUCUUGCUUGUGGAGGACUCAUUGCCCUUUGGCACAGACAUUUCUGAGACCCUUCACCUUCCUGAGCCCGAGAUGGCUCUGUACGAGGAGAAAUUCCGUAGCCAAGAGCCAGGUGAGUUUGAGUUUUCUUCGGCUGAACCAGACACUGAGGAGGAUGGCGAGCCCACAAAGAAGAAGCGGGGCAAGGGCAAGGGCAAGGGCAGGGGCAAAGGAAAGGGAGCCAAGGGCUCCAAGGGGAAGGGCAAGGGAAAGAAAGCGCAGUCAAAGGAUUCCAAUGGCCAAGGCCGACCAAAAGCAGCCAAGGCAAAGGCUAGCAAGGAGGAGGAUGAAGCUCCUGGGCAGAGCGCUGCCAGUGCGAAGCCAAGCCGAUCGCGAAAGACUCCGGCGACAAAGGCACCAGCGAUGCCUGAAAUUGAGCCUCCCCAGUCAUUGCCAGAGGACAUCCCUUCAGCAGAGCCUGCUGCUGCCAAGGCGAAGGCACGGGCAAGGGUUCAAAAGAAGUCAUCAGAGCAGCCUUGCAAGAAGGCCAAGACUGAGAAGGGGGCAGCAGGUCCCAGCAUGUCAGAGAAGGAUUCCGAAGGCCUUCCCAAGACUUGGGCGCGUAGGUCUGCCUCAGCGAUGUCGGCCAGAGGGCAGGGGUGGAAACGGCGACUUCUCGAGAACGAUUACCUCACAGAAGGUUUUCUUGGCCUAUUGGUGGAUGCACCACUUCGGGGGCCUGACUGCAAAGAGGACAUACCCGCCACGCUUUGGAAAGUGCCUGCGAAGACUCUAUCCGCGGACAAUGCCGACUUGCGUGCGAAGUUGGACGCCAUGGAAGCUGCCCUUGCUCAAGAAAAGGGUAAGACCCCCAAUGAACCGAAAGGUGGGAAGACCACCCCCCCUACCAAGGGCAAGAGUUGUUCCAAAGCUGCCAAAGGGAAGCCCCCCAGAGCCUCAGCCUCAUCGAAGCCAGAUGUCGAGGAACCUCUGGAAGAACCUGAUGCUGAGGAAUCGGGUGGUGAGUCGGAAUCCCCAGAGGUUUCUGAGGCAGCCAAAAAAAACCGUCUCAGAAGACUUUGUGAACGAAAGGGGUCAGGUAAGCUGAAUGUGCCUGAGGAGGUGCAUCAAAUGUACAUGCAAGGUGGGCAUUCCAGGUUGGAACUUCAAGAGCUUCUGGAAGAAGCAAAUUGGGAUAAGGACAUUUUCGUGAAGAAGGUCAUCCGGAGCAAGGAGAAGAUUGCUAGGAAGUCAGCGAAGAAACGGCGGGGGUGGUACACGGUAGAGACCAUGCGCACCAUUUUGCAAUGGAGCAAGUCCUACAUUGCGUCUGUGGUGAAGUAUUGUGAGCGGAAGGGCAAUGAAAAACUGGUGAAGAAAGACAAAUACAACAAGAAGAUCAAGAAGUACUAUGUCGAGGUUGGUGAGGAUGAUGAAGACUUGGAUAUCGAAGAGGAACGCGAGCGUGAAGAAGAGGAAAUGGAUGUGGGGGCCCUAUACUGUUGA